CUCGCUAAAUUCACUCGACUUUUUUUCAAUGACUGAAUAGGUUUCCUUCGUUACUCAAGUUAAGAAGGUAUAAAAUUGGCAUGCAUUCAAUAGCCCAUCGAGUUAUGGUAAUGGGGUGAAACAUAUGCAUCAUAGAUCCAGUAUAACCGACAAGUAACUUCUGCAUUGUUAUUGGACUGCAUGUUUUUCGUUUCUCCUAAAAAUUAGGGACCCUACUUAACAACGAACGAUCAGAAGAUCUAAGGAUAUGACGAAAUUUAGCAAUGAAGAUCUUUUUGACGAUAUCGUCUGACAAUGUUAUACACGUGUUGUAUUUUAUUGGAAAACUUAUUUGUGCUACUUCAUAAAGUGUUCGGAAAUCUUAAUUAUCAAAUCGAUUUUACCGUUUUUAAACAUUGCCGUUACGAAACUUCCACUAAUUGGACGUUCCGAACACUUAUGCUCUUCCGUUUUGUUCACCAACAGCCUACUUUGUAUGUUAUAUGAAUACAACUAAACACCAAGAAUCAUCUGUCAUACACAACGUAGAACCCGGUUUUUGUCUAUAUCGGUUCAAAUUGCAGCACUCCACCAGCACAGAGAUGAAAUUGUCAAGGUGAAUCCUGGAGUAGUAGAUGUGGCAACAGCAGUGGUAAUAGAAACGAAUAGGAAUCCAAUAUAUAAUCUACUAGAAAAAUAUAAAUUGAUGAACUAAAAAUAAAUAGACCGAACUAUAAGGGAUGUGGAAACAUGCGAUCUAAAAGAAAACAAGGAGUAAAUGCACCCGCACCAUUGCAAAAGUCAUGUCAGCACCCAUGGUUAUUUUAUAAAUAAAAUGAUACCGUUAGUACCAAUUGCACAACAUAUGGUCGUGGUCACAUAUGGUUUGGGGAUUCUUAUGGCUUUGUACAUCGUGUAGAUCGGGGCUUACACAUAACUUCAUUCCAAGCUCACGACAGCUGUGUUCACCUAAUGCAUCAAAUGAAGGAGCAUGAUUUGCUCAUAACUAUUGGUGAAGACAAAACAAAGGAGAUCAAUUUAAAAGUAUGGAACCUUACAAAAUGGACAAAUAAAAUGAUGCCAUUUUGUUGUCGGGCCACAUCGGUCACUCCCCCUGGGCUUUCUCUUGCUUACGUUACUUGUUUGGCUAUAGACGAAGGUCUUCAUUAUAUGGUUUUGGGUCAUGUGAAUGGUGUAGUUCAGUUAUUUAAAGGAGAUAUCACUCGUGAAAGGCAGUGUAAACGUUCUAUUCUCUAUGAAUUUCUAUGUCCUGUCACUGGGUUAGGUUUAUACGUCCCAAACAAUCAUUAUCAUCAGCAAAAUAAACAACAAAAUUACGCAAAUAGUGAUCUUUCAAAUAUUAAUCAGUGUUUUGAUCCUAUUGUUUUCGCAGCUUCAGAGCAAAGUUUGAUGAGUUUCAUACUUGGUCAGAGAGAGAAAAUUAAAUAUAAGACUGUUCUGGACCGGUUUGGAGUACGACCUCACUGUACAACUAUGCUAUUUACUGAUGAUAUUACUGGAGCCAGUCCUCAGUUUGCUGUAGCAUGUUCAGAUGCUGUAUACUUCUACAAUUGGGAUGGUAGGGGACCUUGUUUAGCUACAGAUGGCGAAAAAAUUGCUUUAGAAACAUACAAAAAUUAUUUGAUUAUACUGAAAAAUACCGGGGAAUCACUAGUCAAUUCCUAUAAUCCAUUUUUAAACUUAUCAUAUAAAAGUAAAGAUAUAAAGAAAUCAUUGUCAUCCUCAUCAUCAGUUGUAGCAACAGCAACAAACACUACUGCAACGACAACAGCGACAGGAACAACACUUUCACCACCGCUUCCAUCAUCUCAAUCAUUUAAUUAUAUUACUUCGGGUACAAUUGUUAUCCAAGAUUAUAAUAAUAAAUUUGUUGCUGGUGAAUUUCAUUUCACCUACUUCAAAGCAUUAUUCAUUGAGUGGAAUGGUAUUUAUUUAUUGUGUGGGGAUGAAUGUUUCAAUCAAUCAAUAGAAGAAACAUUGAGUAAUAAAGAUGAAGAUGUUGUUGGAACGACUUCGAAAAUGAUUUGUUUAACUGAAAAAGAUACUCAAAUUAAGUUGGACAUGUUAUUUUCAAAAAAGAAUUUCAAUUUAGCUAUUGAGAUAGCUAAAUCUCAACAUUUUGAUGAAAAUGAAUUGGCUCACAUAUUUUGGCGUUACGCUGAUCACCUUUAUAAACAAAAAGAUUAUGAUGCAUCUAUUCGUGAAUAUAUCAAGACAAUUGGUAAACUUGAAGCGUCAUUUGUUAUCCAGAGAUUUCUUGAAGGUAGUCACAUCAUUCAGUUAACUACCUAUUUAGAAGCAUUAAAAGAACGAAACUUGUCAACAAGUGAUCAUUUAAUAUUACUCCUUAACUGUUAUUGUCGAUUACAAGAUGUAGAUAAGAUAGAACAAUUUGUUAAAGCUCCUGUAAAUCCGAUGUUAGACAUAACAUCAGCUUUGCAUGUUUUAAAGCAAUCAAAAUAUAUUAAUGCCGCUGUUAAACUAGCUGAAAAUACUGACCGAAACAUAGACUGUAUAGGUCUUCUAAUAGAAGACUUAAAUGAUGGUAAAUCAGCACUUAAAAUGAUCAAUAUAUUGAAUUUCGAUGAAGCAUUGAAAUCUAUCAGUGAAUAUGGACAUCAGUUAAUUACUCAUUGUCCUGAGGACACAAUUAAGCUUUUGGACAAGUUAUGUGCUCAUCCGGAUGCUAGUCGAAUCAAUGUACAACACUUCUUGAAAGUGUUUGUCAAUAAUCCUAAAGGUUUAAUGCAGUUUCUUGAUCGUUACAUCAAUACGGCUUCACCUUCUAAAUUGGUUGCAGGAGUUGUGGAUACAUUUUUAGAAUUAUUAUUAUAUGAAGCGAAUCUAUUAGAAGCCGAUAAAUCAAUGGCCAAUGAAGAAUCAGUUCAACUAUUUCAAAUGGCGAUGCAAUUAUUAUCGAAUAGUGAACUGCAUUACGAUGAAAAGAAAGCUUUAGUUAUUUGUCAUCAGCGACAAUUUUACAAAGGUUGUAUUUAUUUAUGGGAGAAACAAAAGUUAUAUGAUCAAAUCCUUCGAUAUUACAUAUCACAAGAUAUGAAUAAAGAGAUAAUGAGUGUAUGUGAAGAUUAUGGUAAUCAAAUGCCUAAUUUAUGGCUUACUGCUUUGAUUAAUUACGCACACAAACCCGAACAUUCAGAUAUUCUUAAACGAGUCAUAGAUCAAGUGGACCGUUUGAAUCUAGCAUCACCACUUGUUGUCCUGCAGUUAUUGUGUGAUAGUGAUCAUGAACAUUGUUGUAAUGUUGGAACGAUACGUGAUUACCUUCUACGUCAUUUAGAAGCUGGCAGUAAUCGAAUUAACAGUUUGAAAAAUGAAGUGGAUCGUCUUCGCAAGGAAACCAUGCAUAAUCGUGAAGUAGUACGUAAAUUAAACAAUCAAGUGAAAAUAUUUCAACAACAAAAGUGUCAGCUGUGUCAUCAAAGUCUGGACCCUCCAUCAAUUCAUUUUUUAUGUGACCAUUCUUAUCAUAGGGUAUGCUUUGACAACUAUGCUUAUGGUGAUCAACAAUGCCCUCAAUGUGCACCUCAAAAUAAGAAGUUGUUGGCUGAAAUCAAUAAUACCUUGCCAAUUAAUAAAUCAUUAUCUGGGAAUGUUAAAGAAUCACCUGACCAGUUAUUAAUUCAACUGAAAACUGCAUUAGAUCUAGCGAAAGAGCUACCUACUACUAAAGAACUACCUCAUAAUAUGCCUUCUUUUGCAAAUAACAUUUCCACUACAACUUUGGCGACCGAUUUUAAUUCAUCAUCAAUUCAUUCUCCACUUUUAAGCAAAGCUCUAUCUAAUGUUUUAGCUCAGAGUUCUGGACUAUUAACUAAUCAAAGUAAAUCAAUCGGUAGUCAAAAUCUAAAAAAUGUAAAUCAUGAUGAUGUCUUGUCUGUAGAUAAACAGUCCAUUGGAUCACUGAAAGUUUCGACUUCUUAUAAGUCUCCAACAUUACCUAGAAAUUCUUUGUCAAAUCAGACUUUUUUGACUUCGACAAAUGCUAAAACUCCCUAUACUGCUAGUGUUUAUCACAGCUCAUCAACCAACCCUUUUGAAUUGGAAUCAUCUAUGUCUGUUGGUUAUUUCUCAUCUACUAAUCCAGCUCAAUCUAAUUUAUCUGUACAUAAGUCAUUAAAUCCAUUUGAUGAGACCAGUGAUUCUGUCAAUUAUAAUGAUAAUGAUGAUGGUGAUUGUAAUGAAAAUAUAACAUCUCAUUCAUUUAAUCAUAGAUCUGAACAUCAUGAGUCUGUAGAUGUGGGUUUCGAUGAAUCUCUGAUCGUUGAACAGCAAAAACAACAACAAAAUGUUUCUAAGCCACGAUCAUCAAAUCCUUUUGAUUGGGAUUAAUACACGAGAUUGUGGCUUAGUUUUUGCACUAUCAUUGUUUUGAAAAUAGUAAUAAUAAUUUCACCUGUUUUAUUUUCCAAGUAUAUCUAUUUUAUUCAACUAUUUAGUCUUUUCAUUUCUAACCAUGAACAUUGCUACUGAUAAUGAUUCCUGUUUUCAAUUUCCUUCAGUUCCUGUAUGUGAUUUCAUUUUUUGUCAUGAUGCUUACUUCGUAUUUUGUAGUUUUCUGACGUUUUUCUGGUAUUAAGUGUAAUCAUUACUUUUGUUCUGAUUUUUUUCAAUAGAAAUGUUUAGAUCUAACCACUAAAUUGUAAAUUACUCCGUUAGUAUUAAGUUCUAAUCUUGUCAUCAAAAUAUAGUUGCUUGCUUG